AAGAUGGCGGAGGAAACUAAAGGCAGCGGUUCAAAGAAGCUCAAGGAGGUAGCUCGUAAAUUUAAUGUCCUACCUGAAAGACAAGCAAAGGUGAAUUACAUGAUUGCAGCACGAGAGAAGGUAGAGGCUGCAAAGGAAGAAAAGUCCAAGAAAGAUGAUUCAGCAUAUUGUGUAUGUGGAACAAGUGACACCAGUCGCUUUAUGAUAUGUUGUGACAGAUGUGAUGAGUGGUUCCAUGGAGACUGCAUUGGCAUAACAAAGCUGGAGGCCAAAGAAAUUAAGCAGUAUUACUGCGCACAAUGUUUAGAAAAGGACCCAGACUUGUGUAUAAAGUACAGGCUCAAAAAACCGAAACCUGAGAAGAGAGACAAAGUUCCCUCAGAGAAGAAAGAAAAGCAGCACAGUUCAUCAAAAGAUGAUAGUGAGCGUAAGAGAUCAAGGAGAACAUGUGGUGAAUGUGUGGCAUGUGUUAGGACAGAGGAUUGUGGACAGUGUGACUUCUGCAAGGAUAUGAAGAAGUUUGGUGGCCCCAACAAGAUGAGACAGAAAUGUCGCUUACGACAAUGCCUUCUGAAAUCAAGGGUUCUUCUACGAGGUGGCACAGCUUACAGGGACAUGUUGAAAGAUGAGGAGAGUAGAAGAGAAGAUGGCGAUAUUGAUAUUGAGAGUAUUUUUCCACUGAGAAAACAACGGAAAGCAGUGAAGAUGAAACAUGCCAAGUCUUCAGAGAGUAGGAAGGAGAAGCUGAGGCAAACCAGUGAGAGGGCACGCAAAAGAAAAAGGAUCAUGUCAAAUGAAGAAAAGAGUAGACUUUCUACUGAAUAUUGUGAAGAAAGAGAAAGAGAGGAAGUACGGCAGUGUUAUGGUCCGGGUUGCACCAAUGCUGCUCGUUCUGGCUCAAAGUAUUGUAGCGAUGAGUGUGGCAUUCAGCUUGCUGUCAGACGCAUUCAAGAGAUUUUACCCCAGAAAAUGGCUAAAUGGCAAAAAUCUACAAGUGUCGCUGAUAUCAAAGCUGAGGAGUAUCUGCAAAAACUGGCGAAAAAGAAAGAGGAAGCUCAGGAGAAGUUGAUGGAACUUGACAGACUGAGUAAUGAACUUGAUGCUUUUAUAGAGAAGACAAAACAUGCUACAAUAGAAGAAUCAGAGGCACAAGACACUGAAGUAGAAGGUGAAACAGAUCUUCAAGUCCACUGCAUUACCUGUGGACUACCAUUAGCUCCUAAAGUUGCCCUCAGACAUAUGGAGAAGUGUUACAUGAAGAAUGAAAGCUUAACAACAUUUGGUUCCAUUUACAAAAGUGCUGGGAACUUGUUCUGUGAUUAUUACAACCAUCAGCAAAAGAUUUACUGCAAAAGACUCCGAGUUCUGUGCCCUGAACAUACAAAGGAACCAAAGAUCUCUGCUACUGAUGUUUGUGGCUGUCCUUUAGUCACUAAUGUCUUUGAAGAAACAGGAGAUUUCUGUCGGGCUUCAAAGAGGAGAUGUAUGAAACAUUAUUGCUGGGAGAAGUUACGCAGAGCAGAGAUUGAUUUACAACGAAUACAGCAGUGGCUAAAACUUGAAGAGGCAUUUGAACAAGAACGGUCCCUCAGAUAUGCUGCGGCACAAAGAGGAGGAGUACUGGGUCUACUGCUGCAUGAGACAACAUGCCAUGAAUAAAAGAACCUCCUGCAACAUUUUAAAG